AUGAAAAAAAGUCCUAAAGGAGAAAAGAAUAUUCAAGAAAAGAAACUUCACAGAGCUAUUAGAAGAAGGAACUACAGCAACAAUACACUUAUAAAACGUCGCCGUUUAUCUAGUUAUUGGUAUGAUUUACUCCCAACGUCAAACAACCACAAUCCAUCUCCAGACGAAAAUAGAGGACCCAUCUCUGGACAUAGCAGAGGAGUCUCUCAAAUGCAAAAUGAAAGGAAAUUACAUUUUUCACAUGAUUUGAUUCUUCCAUUUGAAAUAUCCAAAUACAGAAGUUUACGCUCACAUUAUUAUUCAAAUGAAGCUUAUAUUUCAAAAAAAAACGUGCAGAUGUUGUGGAAUUCUACAAUAGAGACGUUUAAGGUGUACAACUGCUAUAAUUGUAAAGAUGAGAUUGGGAAGCUUGGGAAAGUCACUUGCGAUUUACUUAUUUACGCCCGUGAUACAAUGUCAUAA